UUUUUUGGCAAGAUGGCGGCGCCCGGACGGGCUGCGACACUGCGGUGCUCUUGCUAAAGAUGGAACAUUUGGCGGAAAUGCCGGACAGUUCUGCAGACUUCAUGGCUGGCUCGCAUCGUGGUCACUCCGUGAUCACGUACGACCGCCAGACACUUCUGGAUAUGGACAUAUUGGGCCGUUUUGGACUGAUAGACGCGGGCGUGCUAAACAUGCUAACUAGCAUGGGGAUUCGUCGGCGGCUACGUCCAGCGGCCUGUGAAGCAGGGGAGUCUAGUAGCAGCGGGGGCCGUCUACGGAGCAGACGCCAGCGGUGUGAUCGGAAACGCGGAUGUCGAGCGGGGCUAAAAACAAAGCAGAAGGCUAAUCCCCACAGAACACCACUUUCCUCCAUCCCGAAGACGGAUUUAGAUGGAAAAUGCGAGACUACUGGUCUGGACAUCAGCGAGGAAGCUCUUCGGUGGAGCCCUGGGGUCAAGCAGCACUUUAAAGAGGAAGAGUUGGAGCCAGGGCCCCCCUGCAUUAAAGAAGAGGAGAAGCUAGAGCUGCCAAACAUUAAAGAGGAAGAGUCACAGCCACCCCACAUUAAGGAAGAAGAGGAGGAGCACAGCAUCGGUCAGCAGGACGCUGACGUCAGCAAGUUUCCAGGGAUUGUGAAGAGCGAAGAUGACGAAGAAGAAACUCGGUGGUCACAGCUUGAUCACAGCCCAAGUGAGGAGACGAGAGGAUCCCAAGCUGACAGCCUCUUAGUUCCGCUGUCAGAUAGCGACGACACAAGGUCGCAAUCACCAGACACUGAUGAUGAAGACUUUACAGCUGACAACAAACACUUUACAUCCUCGUACAAAGGAGAACAAAUAUUCAACUGCUCGUUUUGCACGAAAACGUUUCCCCAAAAGACACAUUUGAUGGCUCACACAAGAACGCACACUGGUGAGAAACCACUCUGCUGCCCGUUUUGCGACAAACGUUUCUCAGAAAAGGCCCAUUUGAUAACGCACACGAGAACACACACGGGGGAAAAGCCCUUCCGCUGCUCUUUCUGCGAUAAGAGAUUCUCCACGAAGGGCCAGCUGAUAUCGCACACAAGAACGCACACUGGAGAGAAACCGUUUUCCUGCUCGGUCUGCAGCACGGACUUCGGCGAUAGCUCGGCGUUGGCUCGGCACAUGAGAACGCACACGGACAUCGGCGAGGAAGAUCUUCCUCCGGAGCAGCAGGAUUGGAGCUCCAGGGUGGAGGAGGAGGAGCCACAGCCCCCCAACAUGAAAGAGGAAGAGGAGGAGCAAGCGCGGACUCAGGAGGAUGCUGACACCAGCAAGUUUCCCGGGACUUGUGUGACGGUGAAGCGUGAAGACGGUGGAGACUCUAAAGGUGAAAAGACGUGUCCUACUGACAACAAACACUUCAAAUGUCCUCAAUGUGACAAAAGGUUUGGUGACAAGCGGCACUUAAAAAGACACAUGAGGUGUCACACGGAGGAAAAACCCUUCGGUUGUUCUUUUUGCGGGAAAAGAUUCCCUCGAAAUGAACAUUUGAUGUCGCACACGAGAACGCACACCGGCGAGAAGCCGUUUUCGUGUUCGGUCUGCGCUCAAACCUUCUCUCACAAAUCAAAUUUGACGACUCACAUGCGGCGACACACGGGGGAAAAACCGUUUUCCUGCUCGCUUUGCGGCGAAAGAUUCUCUCGAAAAGUCAGCCUGGUGAUACACACCAAAACGCACACCGGGGAGAAGCCCUUCGGAUGCGCGUAUUGCGCUAAAAUGUUCUCCCUGAAGGAACAUUUGGUCACGCACACGCGAACGCACACGGGAGAAAAACCCUUUUCCUGCGUGGUUUGCGCGACGCGCUUCGGGGACCGCUCGGCGUUUACUCGACACACACGGACACACACGGGGGAGAAGCCCUUUUCCUGCUCGGUGUGCGGCAAAAAGUUCUCUGUGAAGGCUUACUUAAUGGAACACGCAGGCACACACACGGGAGAGAAACCGUUCUCAUGUUCAGUCUGCGGCGCAAGGUUUAGUUUCCGCUCAGCCCUGGUUCGACACGCCAGGACACACACCGGAAACAAAUCGGUCAGUUGUAAGGUCUGUGAUCAAAAAUUCUGUGACAGGAAGCGGCUGAGCAAACACGCGUGUGUUGAAUCGACUAGCUAGGACAGCGUUUUUCCCCACUAUAGCUGUCCUAUUCAUUCUUUGAACAUGACCUGAAGAAGCCUGCUUGAAAUGUCUUUCGUCCGAGUAGGCUUUGUGUGUCAUGGCCAAAGACUACAUAGGACAGUUCUAGUGCUCCCUCUAGACGAGAUAGGACAGCUAUAGUCCACUAGGACAGCUCAAGUGCCCACUAGCGCUGUCCUGUCUUGAGUAGCCUGCUUGAAAUGUACUUCAUGAAAACAGAGUAAAACAUUAGAUAAGACAACUGUACUGCUCACACCAGACUAGAUAGGACAGUGCUAGUGGUCACUCAACAGAUAGGACACCUCUACAUGCCACUAGCGCUGUCCUAUUGCAGUCUUUGGUAGCCUGUUUGAAACGUGUCUCAUCAGAGCAGACUCAAAAACUAAAUGCGACAGCUCUACUACUCACUCAAGACUAGAUAGGACAGCUCUAAUGCUCACUCUAAAGUAGGUAAGACAGCUCUAGUUGUCACUCUAGACUAGAUACGACCGCUCUAGUUCUCACACCAGAAUAGAUACGACAGCUCUAGCGCUCACUGUAGUGCUCACUCUAAACUUGAUUUGGUCGGCUGCUAUAGUGUUCACUCUAGACUAGAUAGGACAGCGCUAGUGCUCAUUCGAGACUAGAUAGGACACUGCUCUUAAUAGUCCCGUAGCUUGCUUGAAAUGUCACUCAUCAGAGCACAAUUAAGGACUAGAUAGUACAGCUACAGUGCUCACUCAAGACUAGAUGGGACAGCUCCAGUGCUCACACUAGACUACAUAGGACAGCUGCAGUGUUCAUUUUAGACCAAAUAGGACAAAUAUAGUGGCCAGGAGUGCUGUCCUAAGGUCGUUUUUGGUCGCCUGCUUGAAACGUCUCUCAUUAGAGAAGACUCAAAGACUAGAUACGACAGCUCUAGUUCUCAUUAUAGCCGAGAUAGGACAGCUCUAGUGCUUGCCCUAGACUGAAAAGGACAUUUCUAGUGUUCAUUUUAUACCAAAUAGGACACAUAUAGUGGCCACUAGCGCUGUCUUACUAUCGUCUUUGGUCGCCUGCUUGAAAUGUCUCUCAUCAGAGCCUAUUCGAAGACUAGAUAGGACAGCUGUAGUGUUCAUUUUAGACCAAAUAAGACACAUAUGGUGGCCACUAGCGUUCUCCUAUUGUCGUCUUUGGUGGCCUGCUUGAAACGUCUCUCAUUAGAGCAGACUCAAAGACAAGAUACGACAGCUCUAGUUCACACUCUAGACGAGAUGGGACAGCUCUAGUGUUCGCUCUAUACAUAGGACACCUCUAGUGGCCACUAGUGCUGUCCUAUCAUAGUCUUUGGUGGCCUGCUUGAAACGUCUCUCAUUAGAGCAGACUCAAAGACUAAAUACGACAGCUCUAGUUCUCACUCAAGGCGAGAUGGGAUAGCUCUAGUGCUCGCUCUAUAGAUAGGACACCUCUAGCGGCCAUUAGUGCUGUCCUAUCAUAGUCUUUGGUGGCCUGCUUUAAACGUCUCUCAUUGGAGCAAAUUCAAAGAGAAGAUACGACAGCUCUAGUUCUCACUCGAGACGAGAUGGGACAGCUCGAGUGCUCACUCUAGACUAAAUAGGACAGCUUUAGUGCUCACUCUAUAGAUAGGACACCUCUAGUGGCCACUAGUGCUGUCCUAUCAUAGUUUUUGGUGGCCUGCUUGAAACGUCUCUCAUUAGAGCAGACUCAAAGACUAGAUACGACAGCUCUAGUUCUCACUCUAGACGAGAUGGGACAGCUCUAGUGCUCGCUCUAUAGAUAGGACACCUCUAGCGGCCACUAGUGCUGUCCUAUCAUAGUCUUUGGUGGCCUGCUUGAAACGUCUCUCAUUAGAGCAGACUCAAAGACUAGAUACGACAGCUCUAGUUCUCAAUCUAGACGAGAUAGGACAGCUCUAGUGCUCACUCUAUAGUUAGACAAAUCUAGCGCCCACUCGUGCUGUCCUAUCAUAGUCUUUGGUAGCCUGCUUUAAACGUCUCUCAUUGGAGCAGAUUCAAAGACAAGAUACGACACCUCUAGUUCUCGCUCGAGACGAGAUGGGACAGCUCGAGUGCUCACACUAGGCAAAAUAGGACAGCUUUAGUGCUCACUCUAUAGAUAGGACACCUCUUGCGGCCACUAGUGCUGUCCUAUCAUAGUCUUUGGUGGCCUGCUUGAAACGUCUCUCAUUAGAGCAGACUCAAAGACUAGAUACGACAGCUCUAGUUCUCACUCUAGACGAGAUGGGACAGCUCUAGUGUUCGCUCUAUAGAUAGGACACCUCUAGCGGCCAUUAGUGCUGUCCUAUCAUAGUCUUUGGUGGCCUGCUUUAAACGUCUCUCAUUGGAGCAAAUUCAAAGACAAGAUACGACAGCUCUAGUUCUCACUCGAGACGAGAUGGGACAGCUCGAGUGCUCACUCUAGACUAAAUAGGACAGCUUUAGUGCUCACUCUAUAGAUAGGACACCUCUAGUGGCCACUAGUGCUGUCCUAUCAUAGUUUUUGGUGGCCUGCUUGAAACGUCUCUCAUUAGAGCAGACUCAAAGACAAGAUACGACAGCUCUAGUUCUCACUCUAGACGAGAUGGGACAGCUCUAGUGCUCGCUCUAUAGAUAGGACACCUCUAGCGGCCACUAGUGCUGUCCUAUCAUAGUCUUUGGUGGCCUGCUUGAAACGUCUCUCAUUAGAGCAGACUCAAAGACUAGAUACGACAGCUCUAGUUCUCAAUCUAGACGAGAUAGGACAGCUCUAGUGCUCACUCUAUAGUUAGACAAAUCUAGCGCCCACUCGUGCUGUCCUAUCAUAGUCUUUGGUAGCCUGCUUUAAACGUCUCUCAUUGGAGCAGAUUCAAAGACAAGAUACGACAGCUCUAGUUCUCGCUCGAGACGAGAUGGGACAGCUCGAGUGCUCACACUAGGCAAAAUAGGACAGCUUUAGUGCUCACUCUAUAGAUAGGACACCUCUUGCGGCCACUAGUGCUGUCCUAUCAUAGUCUUUGGUGGCCUGCUUGAAACGUCUCUAAUUAGAGCAGACUCAAAGACUAUGACACAACAGCUCUAGUUCUCACUCCAUACUAGAUGGGACAGCUCUAGUGCUCGCUCUAUAGAUAGGACACCUCUAGUGGCCACUAGUGCUGUCCUAUCAUAGUUUUUGGUGGCCUGCUUGAAACGUCUCUCAUUAGAGCAGACUCAAAGACUAGAUACGACAGCUCUAGUUCUCAAUCCAGACGAGAUGGGACAGCUCUAGUGCUCACUCUAUAGAUAGGACACCUCUAGCGGCCACUACUGCUGUCCUAUCAUAGUCUUUGGUGCCCUGCUUGAAACGUCUCUCAUUAGAGCAGACUCAAAGACUAGAUACGACAGCUCUAGUUCUCAUUAUAGACGAGAUAGGACAGCUUUAGUGCUUACUCUAAACUGGAUAGGACAUUUCUAGUGUUCAUUUUAGACCAAAUAGGACACAUAUAGUGGCCACUAGGGCUGUCUUACUCUCGUCUUUGGUCGCCUACUUGAAAUGUCUCUUAUCAGAGCCUACUUGAAGACUAGAUAGGACAGCUGUAGUGUUCAUUUUAGACCACAUCAGACACAUAUGGUGGCCACUAGCGUUCUCCUAUUGUCGUCUUUGGUGGCCUGCUUGAAACAUCUUUCAUUAGAGCAGACUCAAAAACUAUAUACGACAGCUCUAGUUCUCACUCUAGACGAGAUGGGACAGCUCUAGUGUUCGCUCUAUAGAUAGGACACCUCUAGCGGCCACUAGUGCUGUCCUAUCAUAGUCUUUGGUGGCCUGCUUGAAACGUCUCUCAUUGGAACAGACUCAAAGACAAGAUACGACACCUCUGGUUCUCGCUCGAGACGAGAUGGGACAGCUCGAGUGCUCACCUUAGACUAAAUAGGACAGCUUUAGUGCGCACUCUAUAGAUAGGACACCUCUAGUGGCCACUAGUACUGUCCUAUCAUAGUCUUUGGUGGCCUGCUUGAAACGUCUCUCAUUAGAGCAGACUCAAAGACUAAAUACGACAGCUCUAGUUCUCACUCAAGGCGAGAUGGGAUAGCUCUAGUGCUCGCUCUAUAGAUAGGACACCUCUAGCGGCCAUUAGUGCUGUCCUAUCAUAGUCUUUGGUGGCCUGCUUGAAACGUCUCUCAUUAGAGCAGACUCAAAGACAAGAUACGACAGCUCUAGUUCUCACUCUAGACGAGAUGGGACAGCUCUAGUGUUCGCUCUAUACAUAGGACACCUCUAGCGGCCACUAGUGCUGUCCUAUCAUAGUCUUUGGUGGCCUGCUUGAAACGUCUCUCAUUAGAGCAGACUCAAAGACUAGAUACGACAGCUCUAGUUCUCACUCUAGACGAGAUGGGACAGCUCUAGUGUUCGCUCUAUAGAUAGGACACCUCUAGCGGCCAUUAGUGCUGUCCUAUCAUAGUCUUUGGUGGCCUGCUUUAAACGUCUCUCAUUGGAGCAAAUUCAAAGACAAGAUACGACAGCUCUAGUUCUCACUCGAGACGAGAUGGGACAGCUCGAGUGCUCACUCUAGACUAAAUAGGACAGCUUUAGUGCUCACUCUAUAGAUAGGACACCUCUAGCGGCCACUAGUGCUGUCCUAUCAUAGUCUUUGGUGGCCUGCUUGAAACGUCUCUCAUUAGAGCAGACUCAAAGACUAGAUACGACAGCUCUAGUUCUCAAUCUAGACGAGAUAGGACAGCUCUAGUGCUCACUCUAUAGUUAGACAAAUCUAGCGCCCACUCGUGCUGUCCUAUCAUAGUCUUUGGUAGCCUGCUUUAAACGUCUCUCAUUGGAGCAGAUUCAAAGACAAGAUACGACACCUCUAGUUCUCGCUCGAGACGAGAUGGGACAGCUCGAGUGCUCACACUAGGCAAAAUAGGACAGCUUUAGUGCUCACUCUAUAGAUAGGACACCUCUUGCGGCCACUAGUGCUGUCCUAUCAUAGUCUUUGGUGGCCUGCUUGAAACGUCUCUAAUUAGAGCAGACUCAAAGACUAUGACACAACAGCUCUAGUUCUCACUCCAUACUAGAUGGAACAGCUCUAGUGCUCGCUCUAUAGAUAGGACACCUCUAGCGGCCACUAGUGCUGUCCUAUCAUAGUCUUUGGUGGCCUGCUUGAAACGUCUCUCAUUAGAGCAGACUCAAAGACAAGAUACGACAGCUCUAGUUCUCACUCUAGACGAGAUGGGACAGCUCUAGUGUUCGCUCUAUAGAUAGGACACCUCUAGCGGCCAUUAGUGCUGUCCUAUCAUAGUCUUUGGUGGCCUGCUUGAAACGUCUCUCAUUAGAGCAGACUCAAAGACUAGAUACGACAGCUCUAGUUCUCACUCUAGACGAGAUGGGACAGCUCUAGUGUUCGCUCUAUAGAUAGGACACCUCUAGCGGCCAUUCGUGCUGUCCUAUCAUAGUCUUUGGUGGCCUGCUUUAAACGUCUCUCAUUGGAGCAGAUUCAAAGACAAGAUACGACAGCUCUAGUUCUCACUCGAGACGAGAUGGGACAGCUCGAGUGCUCACUCUAGACUAAAUAGGACAGCUUUAGUGCUCACUCUAUAGAUAGGACACCUCUAGCGGCCACUAGUGCUGUCCUAUCAUGGUCUAUGGUGGCCUGCUUGAAACGUCUCUCAUUGGAACAGACUCAAAGACUACAUACGACAGCUCUAGUUCUCAAUCUAGACGAGAUGGGACAGCUCUAGUGCUCACUCUAUAGAUAGGACACCUCUAGCGGCCACUAGUGCUGUCCUAUCAUAGUCUUUGGUCGCCUGCUUGAAACGUCUCUCAUUGGAGCAGACUCAAAGACAAGAUACGACACCUCUAGUUCUCGCUCGAGACGAGAUGGGACAGCUCGAGUGCUCACACUAGGCAAAAUAGGACAGCUUUAGUGCUCACUCUAUAGAUAGGACACCUCUUGCGGCCACUAGUGCUGUCCUAUCAUAGUCUUUGGUGGCCUGCUUGAAACGUCUCUAAUUAGAGCAGACUCAAAGACUAUGACACAACAGCUCUAGUUCUCACUCUAUACUAGAUGGGACAGCUCUAGUGCUCGCUCUAUAGAUAGGACACCUCUAGCGGCCACUAGUGCUGUCCUAUCAUAGUCUUUGGUGGCCUGCUUGAAACGUCUCUCAUUAGAGCAGACUCAAAGACUAGAUACGAAAGCUGUAGUUCUCAAUCUAGACGAGAUAGGACAGCUCUAGUGCUCACUCUAUAGAUAAGACACAUCUAGCGGCCACUCGUGCUGUCCUAUCAUAGUCUUUGGUCGCCUGCUUGAAACGUCUCUCAUUAGAGCAGACUCAAAGACUAGAUACGACAGCUCUAGUUCUCAAUCUAGGCGAGAUAGGACAGCUCUAGUGCUCACUCUAUAGAUAAGACACAUCUAGCGCCCACUCGUGCUGUCCUAUCAUAGUCUUUGGUGCCCUGCUUGAAACGUCUCUCAUUGGAGCAGACUCAAAGACAAGAUACGACAGCUCUAGUUCUCAAUCCAGACGAGAUGGGACAUCUCUAGUGCUCACUCUAUAGAUAGGACACAUCUAGCGGCCACUCGUGCUGUCCUAUCAUAGUCUUUGGUCGCCUGCUUGAAACGUCUCUCAUUAGAGCAGACUCAAAGACUAGAUACGACAGCUCUAGUUCUCAAUCUAGACGAGAUAGGACAGCUCUAGUGCUCACUCUAUAGAUAGGACACAUCUAGCGGCCAUUAGUGCUGUCCUAUCAUAGUCUUUGGUGGCCUGCUUGAAACGUCUCUCAUUGGAGCAGACUCAAAGACAAGAUACGACACCUCUAGUUCUCGCUCGAGACGAGAUGGGACAGCUCGAGUGCUCACUCUAGACUAAAUAGGACAGCUCUAGUGUUCGCUCUAUAGAUAGGACACCUCUAGCGGCCAUUAGUGCUGUCCUAUCAUAGUCUUUGGUCGCCUGCUUGAAACGUCUCCCAUUGGAGCAGAUUCAAAGACAUGAUACCACAGCUCUAGUUCUCACCCUAGACGAGAUGGGACAGUUCUAGUAUUUCCCCUAUAAAUAGGACACAUCUAGUGGCCACUCCUGCUGUCCUAUCAUAGUCUUUGGUGGCCUACUAAAACGUCUCUCCUCAGAGCAGACUCACAGACUUGGUUCCUGUCCCAAUGUUCUCCCUCAACCACGACCACUACACCUUCCAAAUGAAGCAACAAGGGUGGUAGAGCUUUGUAAUCUCCCCUCUGAAUUCGGACACCAUUUUCUACAUCCCUGCACCUAAGCGGUAGUCACAUUUGCACAUACCGUAUUUCCUUGAAUUGCCGCCGGGCAUAUAGUAUGCGCCUGCCUUGAAUUACUGCCGGGUCAAACUCGCCUCGCAAAAUAAUUAGCGCAUGCUUAGUAUUACCGCCUUGUCAAACUUGAGACGUCACGAGUGACACUUCACCUGUCAUCAUUUUCAAAAUGGAGGAGGCUGAUUUCAAUAAUUCGAAAUCGCAUAAAGGGAAGAAGAUUAAGAGCUAUUCCGUAGGAUUUAAGGUCCAAGCUAUCGGAUAUGCUAAAAAGAACCGCUAUGUUUUAUUAAUAUACCGUAGCUGCGUGUGUCAAAUAUGAGUCAUUAAAUGACUCCCGCCUCCUGGUGGUAGAGGGCGCUAGUGAUCCUUCUUGCGACAACUCGGCCGCAGAAGAAGUGACAACAAGCAGCAAGAGUGAGCAGCGAUCGUUGAUUUUUUCCUCUCGCUUGCACUUUUAACACGGGGGAUUACAUAUCUAAAAUAAAACCGUUUUCUAAACUGGACUUUCAAUCGAAGCAGGAGGUAAUAAAAGAAGAUCUCCAUCAAGACCGAGAGACUUUUAAAACUGAAGAAAGAUAAGGAAGACUUCUAUAAACAAGUUAUCGAUGCUUUUGAUCAGAAGGAGCUGCGCAUGGACUUCAUUUAUAAGUAAAGUUAACACCAUGAUAAUGUUUUUUUUUUAUUAAAUGUGCUUUUCAUGAUGGUAUCCUUACAUCACACUCAAAUUUAUAAGCGCAGGCCUAAAUUUACCGCAUGCCUUUGGUAAGCGCCGGAGUGAAAAGAGGUUUUAAAAUAAUUAGCGCAUGCUUGCCUUUACCGCAUGCCUUUGGUAAACGCCGGAGUGAAAAGAGGUUUUAAAAUAAUUAGCGCAUGCUUGCCUUUACCGCAUGCCUUUGGUAAACGCCGGAGUGAGAAGAGCUUUUAAAUUAAUUAGCGCCCCGGCGGCAAUUCAAGGAAAUACGGUAGUGAGAAUUUGUUACGAAAUUCAAUCAAUUCCUUUGCAUUAGUUUACACUACGCGGGCGGUCUACAUGUGCUUUGUGGACUUGGAGAAGGCAUUCGACCGUGUCCCUCGGGAAGUCCUGUGGGGAGUGCUCAGAGAGUAUGGGGUACCGGACUGUCUUAUUGUGGCGGUCCGCUCCCUGUACGAUCAGUGCCAGAGCUUGGUCCGCAUUGCCGGCAGUAAGUGGAACACAUUUCCAGUGAGGGUUGGACUCCGCCAAGGCUGUCCUUUGGCACCGAUUCUGUUCAUAACUUUUAUGGACAGAAUUUCUAGGCGCAGCCAAGGCGUUGAGGGGAUCCGGUUUGGUGACCGCAGGAUUAGGUCUCUGCUUUUUGCAGAUGAUGUGGUCCUGAUGGCUUCAUCUGACCGGGAUCUUCAGCUCUCACUGGAUCGGUUCGCAGCCGAGUGUGAAGCGACCGGAAUGAGAAUCAGCACCUCCAAGUCUGAGUCCAUGGUUCUCGCCCGGAAAAGGGUGGAGUGCCAUCUCCGGGUUGGGGAGGAGACCCUGCCCCAAGUGGAGGAGUUCAAAUACCUAGGAGUCUUGUUCACAAGUGGGGGAAGAGUGGAUCGUGAGAUCGACAGGCGGAUCGGUGCGGCGUCUUCAGUAAUGCGGACGUUGUACCGAUCCGUUGUGGUGAAGAGGGAGCUGAGCCGGAAGGCAAAGCUCUCAAUUUACCGGUCGAUCUACGUUCCCAUCCUCACCUAUGGUCAUGAGCUUUGGGUCAUGACCGAAAGGAUAAGAUCACGGGUACAAGCGGCCCAAAUGAGUUUCCUGCUCUCCCUUAGAGAUAGGGUGAGAAGCUCUGCCAUCCGGGAGGAACUCAGAGUAAAGCCGCUGCUCCUCCACAUGGAGAGGAGCCAGAUGAGGUGGUUCGGGCAUCUGGUCAGGAUGCCACCCGAACGCCUCCCUAGGGAGGUGUUUAGGGCACGUCCAACCGGUAGGAGGCCACGGGGAAGACCCAGGACACGUUGGGAAGACUAUGUCUCCCGGCUGGCCUGGGAACGCCUCAGGAUCCCCCGGGAAGAGCUAGACGAAGUGGCUGGGGAGAGGAAAGUCUGGGUUUCCCUGCUUAGGCUGUUGCCCCCGCGACCCGACCUCGGAUAAGCGGAAGAUGAUGAUGGAUGGGCGGUUUGGACUGCUCUAAUAAUUGGCAACAAGCCAACCAGCUGUUUGAACAUCUCAAUCAAUCAAUCAAUCAAUGUUUAUUUAUAUAGCCCCAAAUCACAAAUGUCUCAAAGGACUGCACAAAUCAUUACGACUACAACAUCCUCGGAAGAACCCACAAAAGGGCAAGGAAAACUCACACCCAGUGGGCAGGGAGAAUUCACAUUCAGUGGGACGCCAGUGACAAUGCUGACUAUGAGAAACCUUGGAGAGGACCUCAGAUGUGGGCAACCCCCCCCCUCUAGGGGACCGAAAGCAAUGGAUGUCGAGCGGGUCUAACAUGAUACUGUGAAAGUUCAAUCCAUAGUGGCUCCAAGACAGCAGUGAGAGUCCCGUCCACAGGAAACCAUCUCAAGCGGAUCAGCAGCGUAGAGAUGUCCCCAACCGAUACAGGCGAGCGGUCCAUCCUGGGUCCCGACGAGCGGUCCAUCCUGGGUCUCGACUCUAUGUUAACUACAUUAAAUGUCACUCUUUAAACUCAUUGGGCCGAUCUGAAUGUUUGUCAUGUUUUUCUAAGUUUGAAGCAAAGGUGGUAAAACCGUAUCGACACAUUUGGCGAGGCAUGUUUUAAAGCAGAGCGUGCAACGCGGCGCCUCCGUGUUUAAAGCGUCACUUUUAUCAAUAGUUUCGAAGCCCAAAUACUUCAGUGCACCCUUUUUAAUAACCAGUAUAAUUGCAGUUUUAAGUCAUUAUUCCUUUCAACACUUUUUCUGCUCGGAUGCGCUCAGUGUGCACGUUUUAACACAAUCAUGCACCGCGGCAGCAUGAGUGGAUUUAAAAAUAAAAAGUACCGGUAUUAUUCCAAAACUUUCGUACCUUUUAAUUCAUUAAUACCGCGGUACUUUUUUGGUACAGCAAUGGAGUUAACGGUUGAAAUGGUCUUUUUUUCCAUUCAUGAAAAAACGAAUAAACGAAAAACUACACGAGAAACAA